UUCUUACAUAUUGUUAUAAGUUUUCACAAGCUGAACUGAUUAGUUCCUGCGUAAAUUUUGUCUUCCAUUUUGUUCUUGGCUCUGAUCAGGCAACGAGAUUCCUCUUCUUCCGAAAAUUUAGGUCUCUUUUAGCUUUACGGAGUGUCAGAAAAGGGAAGAAAGAUUUUGUUGAUUUUGUUUCGGAUUGGUGAAUUGAUUCUCCGGUGGGAUUGUCAUGUUCAUCGUCGAAGAAUAUUGCGUGCAAGGUUUUGUUCUGGAUCUCUUCAAACACACGGAUUAGGGUUUCGUCCUUGAAGCCAAAGUCCGGCUUUCAUGGACGAUGGUGGUAGCCCUGGCAAGAUAAAGAUAUUACAGGAUCAAUUCGGAGCUCUUAGUCCAAUCCCAGAAGCUGUUCAAGACGAUUCCCCAUCAUCUUCACAGCCAAGAACCGAUAAUUCUUUCAGCAGAAAACUGAAAAGAGCUGCACUGAUGUUGAAUCUGUUCUCUCCUCGGCGUCUCUCAUGGGUCUCGAAUGGUCAGGAGAAGGUAGAGCUAUUGGCUACAGAAUUAGAAUCACUUAGAUCAGAACUUGCUGAUUUGGAGGAAAGGGAAGCUUACCUGAAAGCACAGUUGGAACAUGUGGAUGAAGUCGUACGCUCUGCCCGUUUAUCCGGUUAUCUGUAUAUUCGAACCAGGUGGAUGGCUCUCCCGGGUGAGCCGCCUCCUUUAGACGAUACAGAAGUAGACGAUUGGCUUCCCCGAUUUGUUGUCCUUCAGGGUGCUUGUCUUUUCUUCUAUUUAUUGUCAACGGAUUUGAGCCCACAAGAUUCAACCUUGCUAGCCGAUAUCACUGAAAUCGGUUCCUUACCGAUGUUCAAAAGAGUCUCUGAUGAAGUCUACCACUGCUUUUACAUUUUGACCCGUCAAGGUCUACGAUUUGAAUGCUCAGGUUCCUCUAAGACACAGGUAGAAUCAUGGUUAUCAGUGUUGCGCAGUGAUUGCAAGAUGAGGCUCCCAGAUGGAUCAGCUGAAACGCAACAUUGAUUUAAAUGGGGUUAUAUGCAUGUACAGUUGGGUUCAGAUGUAUAUAUGCUUUUCCUUUCCACGAGGGAAUCGAUUUCACUCGUGGACCAACAAUAACAACACCAUGGUUGGUUGCUCCUUUGUAUUUGUUUUAUAUUUGGUUUUCUCAUAGAGGAUUUUGUGGUCAUUUCAAUUACGUUAUUUCGUUUCA